AUGGCAAGGCCCAGUGUGCUUCUUGUUGUGUUGCUAAUUGCAAUGGCCUAUUCAGCAAGUGCGACUGGUCACGAUUAUGUGGAGGCAUUGUCGAAGGCCAUUCUGUUCUUCGAGGGCCAGCGAUCGGGCUUCUUGCCUCAGGACCAGAGGCUCAACUGGCGGGCCCAUUCCGGUUUGAGCGAUGGAUGGACCUACAACGUUGACCUCACCGGCGGUUACUACGACGCCGGCGAUAACGUCAAAUUUGGGUUUCCGAUGGCAUUCACGACGACAAUGUUGGCGUGGAGUGUGAUUGAAUUCGGUGACAUGAUGCCUCCCAAUGAACUCAGAAACGCCUUCGUUGCUAUCCGUUGGGCCACUGAUUAUUUGCUCAAAACUGUUUCUCAGCCCAACCGCAUUUUCGUUCAGGUGGGUGAUCCAAUGUCUGACCAUAACUGCUGGGAAAGACCGGAGGACAUGGACACGAGCAGGAGUGUGUAUGCUGUGGAUGCACCAAACCCAGCUUCAGAAGUUGCUGGUGAAACAGCGGCGGCACUAGCUGCUUCAUCCAUGGCAUUCCGUUCAUCGGAUCCCGGUUAUUCAGAGACUUUGCUGCGAAAUGCUGUUAAGGCCUUUCAAUUUGCAGAUAACUACAGGGGUGCCUACAGUGACAAUGCCGAUGUAAGGGUUGGUGUCUGCCCAUAUUAUUGUGACUUUGAUGGUUAUCAGGACGAAUUGUUAUGGGGAGCCGCAUGGCUAAGGAGGGCCACUGAGGAAGAAAAUUUCCUAAAUUACAUUCAAAGCAAUGGCAAAACGUUUGGUGCUGAGGAGAAUAUAAAUGAGUUCGGUUGGGACAACAAGCAUGCUGGCCUCAACGUUCUCGUAUCCAAGGAAGUUGUAGAAGGAAAUGUAUACUCUCUUGAAUCCUACAAGACUUCGGCAGAGAGCUUUUUGUGCACACUCAUACCCGAAACAUCAAGUUCACACAUAGAGUACACUCCUGGUGGACUCAUAUACAGGCCUGGGGGUAGCAACUUGCAGCAUGCAACUUCAAUCGCUUUCCUUGAAUUGGUGUACGCUAAUUACCUUUCUCGUACGUCACAAACUAUCAAUUGUGGGAACGUCUAUGUUAGUGCACAAACACUUCGGCAGCAUGCUAAGAGACAAGUUGAUUACAUUUUGGGAGAUAACCCAAUGGGGUUGUCCUACAUGGUUGGCUACAGCAACAAGUAUCCUCAGCGUAUUCAUCAUCGUGGCUCCUCUUUACCCUCCAUUAAGGAUCAUCCUCAGUUCAUUGCAUGCAAAGAAGGUUCAAUCUACUUUAACUCAACCAAUCCUAAUCCUAAUGUUCUCGUAGGAGCCAUUGUGGGAGGACCCGGAGAAGAUGAUGUGUAUGUGGAUGAUAGGGCUGAUUUUAGAAAGUCCGAGCCAACUACCUAUAUUAAUGCACCAUUUGUUGGAAUUUUAGCAUAUUUUGCUGCCAAUCCCAAUCCUUGAUUAUUAUAAAGUUACUAUAAUUACGUACAUAAUCAAAGUUACUCUCUUUUUUUGUAAAUAAAAAAAUAUAUACGGGAAAGAUGCCUCUCAUCUUGAGUAAAGCAAGAGUGAAGAGGCUAGGCUUGCUUGUUUUGGGUAUAUAGGUGGAAUUUUACAGAAUUUGA